GAGUGUCUUUGAAGCAACUUCAAAGCAUUUGGAUUAUGAAGAACUGGAAAAGUAGUUGAAUUUUUCGGGGAUUUGCAUUUUAUUUUUCCGAGAAUGUCGGUUCCAUACACCGGAAGGUUCCGGUCAUACCUGGGCCCAAUAGCUGCAGUUGUUAAGCAACUGAAGAUAAUGAGUUUGAAACCUGUUAAGACGAUUACCGUACAAUUCGAUCCAUUUUACAAGAACGUCAAGGAGACGAGACAAUUUCUGCACUACAUCUCUGGCCCAAAAAUUCUGCGAACCAACCUGACGUGCAAUCUGAAGACUAAUAUUGUCUGCGACAGGUCCGAGCCGACAGUUACCUGCGAUCUCACAAACGGUGAGAAGGUAUUGUUCAAGUGUCAAAAUCUCGAAACGAUAGACAUUCUCAAGCUUUACAACAAACAUAUAACAAUACUGGCGCCGCCUGAACCCGAACCAGAGAAAAAAGGAGUUGUUAUAAAGCUCAAGAAGAAGAGACCGAAGAUAAGGAUAAGCCGUCACAGGAAGUAAAUCCUUGAGAUUUAAAAAGAAAACGAGGGGAACUGGAAAAAAUUUGAAAUAUUCAUCACAAAACUCGACAUAAAAAAGAAAAUCGAUUUUAUUAAUUGAUCAUUGAGUUGAAUCGAGAAAUCGAUCUCUGAAUUCUGGGAGAAGAAAUUUGACGGGGAAA